ACCGACGCUGGUCGUGCCUUGGUCGAAUCCGUAUAAAAACGACGCGGUGGAGAUUCAACCAGUAAUUUUUCCUCUCUCGUGGGACCUCUGUGCCGGCCGUCCUUCGGAGGAACGAAAACCCUAAUUCCGAUCCCCAGGACCCGCAAACCCCAGAAAACCCCCAGAUCCAAAUCCACAGCCCGUGAGAGAGAAGGGCGAUGGGAGGGCACGGAGGCCUCAACAUAUUGCCGCAGAAGCGGUGGAACGUUUACAACUACGAGAACCGCGAGAAGGUCCGCCGCGACGAGGAGGCAGCCGCCCGCGAGGAGCAGCUCAAGCGCGAGCAGUCCCGCCGCCGCGACGCCGAGUUCCGCCUCGAGCGCCUCCGCCAGGCCCGUGGUCUCUCUUCCUCCUCCACCUCCGCCGCCGCGAACACGUCUUCCACCGAUUCCCGCCACAUCAACCUCUUCGACGGCCUCGCCGACUUCUCCUCCCUUGGCGGCGCCCAGGAGGAAUCCAAGAAGCACAGAAAAGAGGAGGCCGAAGAUGGCGGUUCCAAGAAAUCCAAGAAGCAAAGGAGGGAGGAGAAGCCUCCGGCGGUGUCGCCGGAGGACGAGAAAUACAAGCUGGGGUACGGCCUGGUCGGGAAGGGCGUCAAGGCACCGUGGUACCUCUCGAGGUCGUCGUCCUUGUUGGAAGACGUUGACGAGGGGAUCGAGGGGCGGAGCUCUUCGGCGAGCGUUGGUGGUUCCGGGAAGAAGAAUGGGGGGAAGAAGACGAUAGAGGAGCUGAGGGAGGAGCGGAGGAGGAGGGAGAAGCAGGAGAAGGAAAGAGAGCGGGCGCUCCUUGCAUCGGUAGCGAAGAAGGGAAUGGAUCGAGGGUUUUCUAGGCGGCACCUGUGAAAUGAAUGCUAAGCAGCGGAAGGACGGUUUUUGAUGAGAAGAUUGUGAAUAUGGAGGACUCUCAUAUGCAUGUAAAUUGUUCUUUUUCCUAUUUGUAAAUGUUUGGUGGAUUGUGAUGAUGAAGUGUUGUACUUUGUGUUACUUUAUUCUCUAACCGACUGAAACUAGAGAAUCGUGGUUCCCGGAUCAAUAAUUCAAUAUGAUGAUGUAACUUCUGAAAUGGGACAGUCUGAGAGCAAAUCUCUAGUUAACAGCUGCAUUUUUUUUAAAUGUCAAGAGAGACGCUCAAUCUGUGUCAAUCGUCAAGCACGGCCUUUGAAACAUGUACAUGGUUAGAGUUGCAAUCUGCACCAUUGGUGGGCAAAAUGAGAAGUUGGCAUGUCCUUGAUUCCUGACUCCUGUGAACUUCCAUAGUCUGGAUAUUUUGAUGCGGGUGGAGAUGGGAAUAAUGGUACAUUAAGAGACAAAUUUUGUUGCUUAUGUUAGUGGUUCAGUGCAAAGAUUUGAGGUAUUUCCAGAACAGUGGACCCUUUGUUAAUUGUUAUUGCUUAAUGAAUCUUUCCAUUUUGAUGAUUGCAUAGUUUCUCUACUACAUUUCUCUGUGACUACUCACUAUAAUAAUAAGGGCUUCAGUAUUUGAGCCAAGUGCUCUUUUUAUAUCCACUAGAUGGAUAUGAUUGGUCCACCAGAUUAGAAAAAGCCGAGUCCUAUCAAGAAAGUUAUGGAGGCUGAUCAAAAAGCUAAUGCAUUUAUAAACCGGGCAAGCUUAUCAGAUAUGUAACGCAUGUUGGGAGAAGACUGCCCAGAUGUCCCUGUGGGUGGCAAGGAAGAUCUUCUAGGUGGCUUGGAAAUAUGGUUUGUAUUUUAGCAUCAUUGGGAAGCACAAAUUUUCAUUUAGGCCGUGAUUGUAAAGAAAAUUUUGUACUUUCAGUUGUGCUUUGUCGGUUCUACCUUCUCCUGUAUUUUUAUGAGUAAA